AGUAUAAAAACCACCCUUGCUUCUCCUCUCUUCUUAGACUUCUCUCUCUCUACAAUAUCAGUUAACCUUUCUUCUCCGAUCUUCUUCCACCGGCGACUGAGAACGGCGGCGAGGUUUGACGCCGAUUCUUCUUCUUCUGCUGCUGGUUCUGCUAAUCUUGAGUUUGUUUCGGCGAGGGAGAGAAUCUUCAUUCAACAUUCUCGCGCAUCUCAGUUGUUAUCGCGGAGGAAAAUGAAGUAUGUUUUGGUGACUGGAGGAGUAGUGAGUGGUCUAGGAAAAGGAGUAACCGCUAGUAGCGUUGGCGUUCUUCUACAGGCAUGCGGUCUUCGAGUUACUUCGAUUAAGAUUGAUCCCUAUUUGAACACUGAUGCUGGAACUAUGUCGCCUUUUGAACACGGAGAGGUGUUUGUUUUAGAUGAUGGAGGAGAGGUGGAUUUGGAUCUUGGAAACUACGAGAGGUUCUUAGACAUCAAAUUGACUCGUGAUAACAACAUCACAACUGGAAAAAUCUAUCAGUCUGUGAUUGAUAGGGAAAGAAAGGGAGACUAUCUAGGAAAAACUGUUCAGGUUGUUCCUCACAUAACAGACGCCAUUCAAGAUUGGAUUGAACGUGCUGCGAUGAUUCCUGUAGAUGGAAAAGAAGGCCAUGCCGAUGUUUGUGUCAUUGAAUUGGGUGGUACAAUAGGUGACAUAGAAUCGAUGCCUUUCAUCGAGGCUUUAGGACAAUUUGCAUAUCGUGUUGGUUCUGGUAACUUUUGCUUGAUUCAUGUCAGCCUUGUCCCUGUUCUAAAUGUCGUUGGUGAACAGAAAACAAAACCUACUCAGCAUUGUGUUAAAGGACUUAGAAGCCUCGGGUUGAUGCCUAACAUAUUAGCUUGUCGCAGCACAAUGGAACUAGAAGAGAAUGUGAAGCAAAAACUUUGUCAAUUCUGCCAUGUUCCUGCAGAAAACAUUAUCACUUUAUAUGAUGUGUCCAACAUUUGGCAUGUUCCAUUGCUUUUAAGGGAUCAGAAGGUGCACAUGGCAAUCUCAAAAGCAUUGAACCUUGGUAUCGUUAGUGAACCUUCUAUGUUGGAAUGGUCAACCAGGGCUGAACUCUGCGAUAAAUUGAAUGAAACGGUGAGGAUUGCCAUGGUUGGAAAAUACACAGGUCUCUCAGAUUCAUACCUUUCAGUGCUAAAGGCUCUUUUGGACGCUUCUGUUGCUUGUCGUAAGAAACUUCAGGUUGACUGGGUACGAUCCAGCGAUCUCGAAGAUGAAACUGCUAAGGAGGAUCCCGAAGCUUAUAAAGCUGCAUGGGAUUUAUUGAAGGAAGUAGAUGGUGUACUUGUUCCCGGAGGAUUUGGUGAUAGAGGUGUACAAGGGAAAAUUUUGGCGGCUAAGUAUGCUAGGGAGAACAAGAUUCCUUAUCUCGGUAUAUGUUUGGGAAUGCAAAUUGCUGUGAUCGAGUUUGGUCGAUCAGUUCUAGGAAUGGAAGAUGCAAACAGCUCUGAAUUCGAUCCCAACACUAAGAACCCUUGUGUCAUAUUUAUGCCCGAGGGUUCUAAAACCCAUAUGGGAGGCACCAUGCGACUUGGAUCUAGGAGGACUUAUUUUAAUGUCUCGGAUUGCAAAUCCGCCAAACUGUAUGGUAACAAAAGCUUUAUUGACGAGAGACAUAGACAUAGAUACGAGGUUAAUCCUGAUAUGGUGGAAACAUUUGAAGAUGCUGGUCUCUCUUUUACUGGUAAAGAUGAAACUGGUCAAAGAAUGGAGAUUGUCGAGCUAUUGGGACACCCAUACUUUAUUGGAGUUCAAUUCCACCCCGAGUUUAAAUCAAGACCCGGAAAACCAUCGCCUCUCUUCUUAGGACUUAUAAGGGCGGCUUGUGGACAAUCAUCAGACGGUAGUACAUUGAAGAAAGGUGCGAGUUCUAUGAAAGGAAACGGAUUGAGCAAUUUAAGCCAUAACUUUGGAAAUGGAAAAAAGGCUAAGGCGCUUGAGGUUAUAUAUAGCAAUGAAAAUGGGGUAAUCUGUUAGCUUAUGUUUUAUGGUUUAUGGUUAUGUACAGUACAACAAAGAGGGGAAGAUGACUAUGGUUUGAUUGUUUCUUCUAGAUUCUAAUCAGAAGAAUAAUAGGAGAAUAUUAUUAUUAAUUAAUUGAGGGGAUUAAUUAAUUAAUUAAUUGGGUAAUGGGAUAUUAAUAAAUUUUCUUAUUUUUGUUAGUUGAAGCUUGUAUCUCUAUGAAAGAGGUGAUGCCAACUGACUUUUGCUUGUUUUUAUUGUAAGAGAGAUUUGUUGUUGUUUUUAUAGAACAGAGUUAUAUCAAUUUGGUUUGUUUCUUUUUC